AUGAGACACAGGUCACUCUCUAAAAAGUAUUCAAGACGGGGCAACAAAGAGGACCAAGAAAUAAAGUUCACCUAUCAGCAGGCCUUUCAGGAGGUGGUGAACGAGAUGAAUGAGUAUGCGAGUCAAAGGGAGCGUCUGUCGGAGAACCUGAGCAUCAACAUCUGUGUGGAGCUCACCAGAUAUCUCCAAGAGCUCAAACAAGAGCGCAAGAGUUAUCUGGCUGAUGUUAAGAAAGCCCAACAAAACCUUGAGUUGAACUUCAAACAUCUUGAGGCUUGUAAGAAGCGUUUUGAAAAGGAGUGGAAAGAAGCAGAAAAAGUCAAUCAGCAAGUAGAGAAAACUGAACAGGACCCUGGUUCAACCAAAGCUGAUGUAGACAAGGUCAGGAUGAUUGCCCACCAGCGCACACACACAGCUGACGAGUGUAAGAAUGAAUACGCCGCCCAGCUCCAGAAAUACAACAAGAUGCAGAAUAGCUUCUAUCACACUGAGACCCCUGCUAUAUUUAAUAAACUGCAGGACAUGGAUGAGCGGAGGAUCAGGAAGUUGGCGGAGGGAUACAGCCUCCUCGCAGACACAGAGAGGAAGAUCCUCCCCUCUCUGAGCAAGAGUCUUGACACCAUCACCGCAGCUAGCAACAAGACCAACGAGAAACAGCAUAAGUCUGGUGUAGCACCCCCAACUGAUGUUGAGUUUGAAGAUUACAGUCCAGGCAUUAAACCUGCAACCAUGGAGAACUCAGUACACAGGUCACCAAAAGUCCAGAUCAAACAAUUGUUCAAGAAGAACAAGAAAUCCAGCGGGCGACGUUCCUUUAAGACACAGUCGUGCGUCUUUGGGGACUGGAUGAGUGAAUACCGCCCUUCCAAAGAGACAGCAAAAGAACCCACAAACCCGUAA